AUGUAUAGAAAUGGUAAUCUUUAUGUUCCGCCAGAUAGGGAUCCACAAGAAACGGAGGACGAGCAACUUGAAAAGAAAAAGACAGUGAAGAGAACAAGGAGUGAUUCUUCAGAGCAAAAAACUCCUGUGGAAGUUACAGAUGAUAAAGAAAGGAACGAGCUUCGCAAAACCACAGGGGAAGUAAUGAAAAAAAUCAGAAAAACGCUCAUCGAAACUGGAAAAGACGAAGUGGACAUGAUUUCGACGUUAAAUGAUUCCAAAACGUUUUCCAAAACGGUGGAGAAUUACUUUGCUGCUUCUUUUUUGAUAGCGAAUGGAAGGCUGGGAAUCGAUGAACCCACGAGGGGUCCACUCACACUUCGAUUGACAAGACCAUCCAGUGAAAUGAGUGGAACGGACUCGGUGAAUCAGGGAAUUCUAAGCUUGAAUCCUGAGAGAAUGUUUAAGUUUUUGAAGAAAACAAAGAUCGGAGGAAAUCUCGAUCGUUCUUGGUGUAAACAAUAA